AUGAGUGAGAAAGAAAGGGUCACUCCUGGGGCCAGUGAGCCAGGCAGGCGCCAGUCAGUCAGACAUGGAAAAAGCAGAAAAAUCACCAGCAUCCACUGGAACUACAAAACCACUGACGAUGUAGUGAAAGUUGAAGUCUGGGAUGUAGUUGACAAAGGAAAAUGUAAAAAACGAGGUGAUGGCCUGAAGACGGAGAAUGACCCCCAGGAGGCAGAGUCUGAAAUGGCUCUGGAUGCUGAGUUCCUGGACGUGUACAAGAACUGUAAUGGGGUGGUCAUGAUGUUUGACAUCACUAAGCAGUGGACCUUCAAUUAUGUUCUCCGGGAGCUACCCAAAGUGCCAACCCAUGUGCCGGUGUGCGUGUUGGGCAACUACCGUGACAUGGGCGAGCAUCGAGUCAUUCUGCCAGACGAUGUGCGUGACUUCAUUGACCACCUGGACAGACCUCCAGGUUCCUCCUAUUUCCGCUAUGCUGAGUCUUCCAUGAAGAACAGCUUUGGCCUGAAGUACCUGCAUAAGUUCUUCAACAUCCCAUUUUUGCAGUUACAGAGAGAGACGCUGCUGAGGCAGCUGGAGACAAACCAACUAGACAUUGAUGCCACUCUGGAGGAGCUGUCAGUGCAGCAGGAAACCGAGGACCAGAACUACAGCAUCUUCCUUGAAAUGAUGGAGGCUCGAAGUCGAGGCCAUGCAUCCCCUCUGGCAGCCAAUGGGCAGAGCCCAUCCUCAGGCUCCCAGUCGCCAGUUGUGCCUCCAAGUGCUGUAUCCACAGGGAGCUCCAGCCCCAGCACUCCCCAGCCUGCCCCCCAGCUGUCCCUCAGUGUCUCCUCCACCUGUCCCAAAGCACCAUCUCCUGUACCCCCUUUGGAGGCCACGCCCUCUGUACACCCUUCAGCCCCAGCUCCAGCCCAGCAUCGUAGUAUCAUCUCUCGGCUGUUUGGGACCUCGCCAGCUGCUGACGUGACCCCUUCACCUCCAGAGCCAGCUCCAGCUCUAGAGGUCCCAGCAAGAGUCCAGAACGUUGAGGAUUUUGUUCCUGAAGAUGGCCUUGACCGAAGCUUCCUAGAAGAUACAACCCUACCUAAAGACAAGAAUAAAAUUGGAGCCAAAGGCCCACAGCAGGAUAGUGACAGUGAUGAUGGGGAAGCCAUCGGAGGCAACCCAAUGGUGGCAGGUUUCCAGGAUGACGUGGACAUAGAAGAUCAGCCACAUAGCAAAUCCCUGCUGUCCUCAGACCCCGUCCCCAGUAAGAAUAUCAGUCUUUCCAGUGAGGAGGAAGCUGAAGGACCUGCAGGCCACCCCGGAGUGGCUCCUCAGCAAUGCUUAGAGCCUGAGACAAAAUGGUCCUCCACCAAGGCCUCACAUUCACAAAAGGGAGCUCCCACACGAGCCAUACCCUCAUGGUCAGAUGGUCUCACCACUGGCUCAGGGCCUGACCACGGCAGUACCAAGCCACCCACUGAUGGCACUCCUAGACCCCAGGAAGGGAAAGACAAGCAAGUGUCAUCAGAAAGUGAUCCUGAGGGUCCCAUUGCUGCCCAGAUGCUGUCCUUCGUCAUGGAUGACCCUGACUUUGAAAGUGAUGAAUCGGACACACAGAGGAGAGUGGGGGUAUUCCCAGUAAGAGAAGACCUUUCUGAUGUGACCGAUGAGGACACUGGAUCUGCCCAGCCACCCCCACCCUCCAAACCCCCAGUCUCUGCUUUCAGACUGCAGAAUGACUCAGAUCUCUUUGGUCUGGGCCUGGAGGAGACAGGACCUAAGGAAAGCAGUGGUGAAGAUAAAGACGGCAAACUUCCCUCUAAAGAGAAGAAGAAAAAGAAGAAGAAAGGCAAAGAGGAGGAAGAAAAGGCUACAAAAAAGAAAAGCAAACACAAGAAGAACAAGGAUAAGGAGGAAGGCAAGGAGGAUCGGAGGAAGAAGAGGAAGCCCCCUCGGAGCAAGGAACAGAAGGCUGCAGAUGAGCUGGAAGCCUUCCUGGGGGGCGGGGCUCCUGGCAGCCGCCACCCUGGAGGUGGGGACUAUGAGGAGCUCUAGGCUGCCAGAGGCAGUUGGUUUUCCUGGGAAGAGGGGAACUGAUAGUGACUGAUUUGGGGAGGCUGCUGCCUAUGCACCCACGUUCCCAGGACCACCCUGCCACCUAUGUCCCCCAGCCAUUGUGUCUGCCCUCAUUUGGUCUGGCCCACUCGACAUUGAUUUUUGUGCUGAA